ACCGCCGGGAGCUUCUAGGACAGGUGGUCUGCGUACCACGUCAAUCUCCCAGGCAUCUCGGGUUCGAUCCGUGCCUCCUGCGGUGAGGCUGAUGGGCCAACUGGGCCGGCCCGUUGUGGCCCAGUAAAAAAAAAACGAAAAAAAAACUACCAAUGUUUCGGACUUUCUGCGCGCGCCCACCAGAAUUGGAAUUUUCUAGUCAAUUCAACAGACCUGUUAAACCCCAUCUCAGCCGUCACACGAUCUUCUCCCACUCAUCUCAACCGUCGAUUCUCCUUUACCCCGACCCACGCGACCUGUCAACAAAAAUCUACAAAAGGCCCAUCUUCAAAAUUUCCCGGAAAAUCCCUAGAAACCUCCAACGAACCAUCGUUGAACCUCAGACCAAAUCAUUUUCUCCAAUUUAAUUUAUAUAAACACUUAAUAUUUCAUCUACCAACCCAAGUAGAUGAAAAAAUGGCGAGCUUGAGCACGAGUUUGCUCGGGAUAAGACGAAUGUCCAAGCCACAAGAGAAGACGAAAAACACAAUGUUGUGUAAGAAGCACCCAAAGCACAGGCAAUCACCUGGUGUAUGCUCUCUCUGUCUCAACGAGAGGCUCUCUAUGUUCAUCAAAGCAACUUCAUCUUCUACUAAUUCUUAUUUACGUUUACGAAAAGCCCGUCACAUCAUAUACUCUUCCUCAACUACUUCUCUCUCCUCCUCAUCAUCUGUCUCUUCUUGCCCUUCUCCUCUUGUGGAUCGCCGAUGCUACUUGUUAAUGGCCGGAGGCAGCGGCCGAGAAAAAGGGAGUUUAUGUAUGACGAAAAGCCGAUUAGUAGCAUAUAAAGUGGAUGAUGAGAAAAGAAAGAAGGAGACGAGAGGUGGUUUCUUUUUUCGGUUUGGUGGAUUCAAGAAGAGAGAACAAGAGAGUAUUGUAGAUAAUUAGAUCUGAUGGUUAUUGAUUUUUUAUUUUUAAAAAAGAAUUUAUCAUGUGUUCCUGAUUGUUUCAUUCAUUAUAAUUAAUGGUAACGUAAUGAAGACUAGAGCUUAGUUUUGCGUC